AUGGCUAAACCUGCACUAGGAGACCCACGUCUGGAGACUUGGAUUACUGAAAAUCAUAAAGUCAAGAGCUGGCUUAUUGAUUCAAUGAGUCCGCCAUUGAUGCAGCGAUUUAUUCGCCUUUCCACAGCAAAGGAGAUAUGGGAGGCGGUGGCUCGAACAUUCAGACGAAACUUGCCUGAUAUUGAUCACAGAACCAUGUCUCAAGAGGGAACAGUUGAAGGAGUUGUUCAGCUGCAUUUAGCCAUGGCUAGACUUCGAGUUCAUAUAUUUCUCAGUGGACUCGAUUCUGAAUAUACACAGGUGCGUGGAGAAAUUUUGCGAAAAGACCCAAAACUUGAUCUUGAGAGUGCUUAUGCCUAUGUUCGAAGGGAAUAUCAGCAGAGACAAACUAUGGGAGGCACUAACCUGAUCUCAGAAAAUUCAGCCAUGUUAGCAAAUCGAACCCGCCAAGGAUAUCCAGGGGGUCCAUCAAAAAGCUACCUCGAACGGUGGGAUUUUAUGAAGAAACCUCGAAAAAACAUUGCUGGGAAAGUUAUGACAGUAUCCACUACAGAGGAAUCAAUGCAACCCACAGCAAAUACUACAAAUGUUGUCCAUCCAGGUAUGCUAAGUAAUGCUUCCCAUGUCACUUCUAAGAAUAGUAUAUGGAUUAUUGAUAUAGGUAUUUCUACAGCCAACGGGAGUAUCUCUCCUAUUACUGGGGAGGGACCUGUCAUUUUAUCUGAUACUCUUACAUUAGACAAUGUACUUGUAGUUCCCUCUCUUGAAUAUAAUCUCCUCUCCAUUAGCAGGAUCACUUCUAGCUUGUCUUGCACCGUAACAUUUUGGCCUUAUUUUUUUGUCUUUCAGGACAUUCUAACUCGGAAGAUUCUUGGUUUUGGUCCUGCGAAAAUUCAAUCUUUUUCUAAAGCUCGAUAUUUUGUUACUUUUAUUGAUGAAUGUACUCGAAUGACUUGGGUAUCUCUCCUUCGAAAUAAAAAUGAUGUGCGCAUGGUUUCUCAAGAAUUUUAUAGUAUGGCUAAAACUCAAUACCAAAGACAGAUUUGUACUUUACAAUCAGAUCAUGGUACAAAAUUUGUGGAUGCUAUUUUAGUGAAAUCAGCGGCGUAUUUGAUUAAUCGAACACCAUCUCGCGUGAUAGAUUUUCAAACUCCUCAACAAAAGAUGGAAUCGUUACUUUCUGUUCCUCAUCUUCCAAACCUUGAACCAUGCAUCUUUGGGUGUUAUGAUCCCCUUACUCAGAAGAUAUAUGUUAGCUUGGAUGUUUCUUUUCGUGAGUUUGAACCAUACUAUUCAUGCAGACCUUCUGGGUCUUCUCUUCAGGGGGAGGUUUUUAGUGAAGAGAACUUAUCUCAGAAAUACGAUGAAAAUGAACUGUUUGAAGUGGAAGAUUUCUCCUCUAGUGGAGCGAUACCUAGUGCUGUAGUACCUAGUGGUCAAGGUCAUGAAAACGAUAAGUUGUCUGCAACAGAGGAUGUAGAACCCAUCAAUUCUACUUCCAACAAUCUGAUUUGUGAUAGUGAUCAGAACCCCCUGAAUUCAUUUGUUGAGUUGCCCAUAUCUACACCAUUAACUGAAGAAUCAACCCAGAAUGUUCCUUCCCAGGAUGCUUUGGCAGAUUCAAAGUGGACCAUGGCAAUGAAUGAGGAAAUGGAGGCUCUUCAGAAAAACAAUACUUGGGAACUCUGCUCGUUACCUGAAGGGAAGAAAACAAUUUGA